AUGCCGGAAGAACAGUACGACGCCAUCGUCCUCGGCGCGGGCAUCCUGGGCCUAACUAUCGCUCUGGAGCUCGCGCAGAAGGGGGUGAAAGUCACUAUUGCCGCUCGGGACUUGCCGGAAGAUGUACACUCGACGGCGUUCUCGUCGCCUUGGGCUGGCGCAAGCUUCGUCCCUUGGGCCGAGAACGCCGCCGACGCCUCGAGGGAAGAACGCACCUUUGCGCGCAUGUGGGCGAUCGCUCAGACCCGGCCGGACUUGGUUGCUGUCACGCCGUUCCGACAAGGAUGGGACACGCCGGGAGCAUACGUCAAGCCAAUCAGUGCGGCGCAUCUACCUGAUUUCCGAUAUCUCCCUCCCGACGAAUGUCCGGGUCCCUUCAAAUUCGGCGUGGGCUUCACAUCGCUCACUCUCAACCCUACGACCUAUACCCUACACGUCCUGUCCCAGCUCAAGGAGCUCGGUGUGAAGAUCCACCGAGCGAGGGUAUCCUCCAUCUUUGAGGCGUUCUCGAUUCCCCUCCCUCCAUCACCUUCUAAGCCUCCCUCGGUAGCCGCGGCAGGAUCGACCAACCCCGCCUCCCUCGGCUCAGCCACUUCCUCCUCCUCUUCCCCACCCCCUACCCACUUGACAUCACCCCUCGUCAUCAACGCGACCGGCCUCGGCUCUCUAUCUCUCCUAGGCGUCUCUGACCCGCUCGUCCACCCCGCCAAAGGGCAGACCAUCACCGUCCGCGCGCCCCGCGUCCACGAAUCCCUCGGAUGGAAAGAACCUCGCGACCCCUCGGACCCCUCCCUCGCUGGUCAGUCCGUCUACAUCAUCCCCAGACCGGGGAGUGGCGGGCUGGUAACCGUCGGCGGAUGUUAUCUGAAGAAUGACUGGAGCACGGAUGUAAACCCCACGGUGGCGGAACGGAUACUCCGGGAGGCGGUACUCCUGUGUCCGGAAUUGAAAGGGGAGGAUGGGCGGGUCGAGGUGAUUAGUCAUAAUGUCGGGUUGAGGCCUUGUCGGGUCGGAGGGACGAGGGUGGAGCUGGAGAUGUUUGAUUUGGAGGCGAAGAGGAGGGAGUAUGGGGGUGUUGUACCGGUCUCCGCUCCCUCGGUAGGACUGUAUGGAGAUAGGGGGAAGAGCCUCGGAGCCCGAGGGAAGGUGGGGGUCGUUCAUGCGUAUGGCGUCGGAGGAGCCGGGUAUCAAGAUUCAUUCGGGAUCGCCGAAGACGUGGCGGGGCUCGUGCAGGAGUAUAGGGCGUCUCAGGGGUUGGAGGCGAGUAAGAGCAAGCUGUAG